CUUGUUCGGAUCUUCCGUUUUCUUUUUUCGGGUUCGAUGUUCGGUUGCUUCCCGAAAUUUCAUGAAUUUGCUAGAGCAAUUUUCAGAAUCUGCAUUCUGAGAUUGGUUUUUUGUUUUUGUUCUGGAAUUUUAUGAGAAUCUCUGUCGGAAUCUAACAUGAAUUUGUAGCGAGUGUACCCAUUUAUCUUAAGAUUGUUUGAUUUUGGGUGUUUCUACGUGUUUUCGUUCCGAUAAAUCUGAUUCGGAGGAUCUCAUUUAAGUUCACGGUGUAUUAUUUAUGAAGUGUGUUGAUGAUUGUAUAGAAUUGAUCUCACUUUCCUGAGAAAUGGUGAAUUUGGUUGUUGUGAAUGUUUCUGAUUGGUUUCAUUUGAUUUGGAUUCAUUUUUCUGCCCCUAUGUCGUGUGUCAUGCAUCUCUUGCUGGGUUGUGUAAUCUAAAAGGGAACUAUUGCAGAGGGAACUAUUGCAAAUGAUGAGUAGGUUGGGAUAAUGUUACCAGAGAGAAGAAGUACCACUGGUUCUGUUCUGACUCCUGUUGGUCAGAACCAGCAUUCCUUUUUGCUUCUUCGAAGAGGAAGAAGGUUUGGUCGGGUAGUGAAACUGAAGCUCUCCCACUGCUUACGAUUCCUCGCUGCUCUUUUUCUGGUGUCUUGCUUUGUCUCUGUCCAUAAACUUUUCUUUCAUGGUUCUGAGUUCACCUCUCACUUUGAUAAACAUUUUAACGAUGAAAAUCGAUUUUUGAUGUCAUCCGAGUUUGAAAAAGGAUUAGACAGGCCCAGUGUAGGAAAACCACGUGGAAGCAAACAAAAGAAUAAGCAUUUUCCUUGUGAUGUUGCACUUGCUGAGUCAGUUGAUCUCAUAGUAGAACCUAGGGACGUUUCAGAUUUCACCCAGUUUUCCUUAGGGUAUGUGGACUCAGAGAAAUAUCUUCCGACGACCAAAUUGUAUAAGCCUCGAUUUGGAGGACAACAGACACUCGAGGAAAGAGAGAAAUCUUACCACGCAGUUAGCCAGACAAUUCAUUGUGGAUUUGUUAAAGGUCCUCCUGGAUUUCAGAGUACUGGAUUUGAGCUGAGUGAAACCGAUAAGGCAUACAUGAAGAAUUGUGUAGUCGUUGUAUCUUCUUGUAUUUUUGGGAGCUCUGACUUUCUAAGGAGGCCUGCAAGCAAAAAGGUAAGUGAAUUUUCGAAACAAAAUGUUUGCUUUGUCAUGUUCGUGGACGAGCAAACGCGUGUGAAAUUGUCUAUGGAGGGGCAUGUCCCAGAUGAGCAAGGAUAUGUGGGUUUGUGGAAAAUUGUUGUGGUGAAAAACUUGCCUUACGCAGACAUGAGGAAGACUGGGAAAGUGCCAAAAUUUCUAUCGCACAGACUUUUUCCUUCUUCCAGGUAUUCAAUUUGGAUUGACAGUAAGAUGAGACUUAUUACCGAUCCUUUGUUGAUAAUCGAACACUUUUUGUGGCGGACAAAGUCAGAGUAUGCCAUCUCAAACCAUUAUGACCGCCACUGUGUUUGGGAUGAGGUGGUGCAGAACAAACGACUGAAUAAGUACAACCACUCGGCCAUUGAUGAGCAGUUUCUGUUCUACCAAUCAGAUGGGCUUAAAAAAUUUGACCCCUCAGACCCGAAUUCUCCUCUUCCAAGUUAUGUACCUGAAGGUUCUUUCAUUGUAAGGGCCCAUACACCAAUGUCGAACUUGUUUUCCUGUCUGUGGUUCAACGAAGUUGAUCGAUUCACCUCACGUGACCAACUAAGCUUUGCCUACACAUACCUAAAACUGCGAAGAUUGAAUCCAGAUAGACCAUUCCACCUAAGCAUGUUCAAGGACUGUGAGCGUCGAGCAUUAACUAAACUCUUCCGGCAUCGUGCAGAACCAUCACCUCCGCAUCCUGCUUGAUCAAUUAAAUUAUUGUCAAACUAUUUAUAGCAAUUCAGAGAACAUACCUCUGGCGGAGAAUCCGUCACCAUCUUGAACGAAUGCCCUUGGUGGAUUUUGGAACGAUUCCGGGUCUUGAGAAAGGGAAGCUCGGUUUACAUGGGAACGUAGUGUGUUCUUAGAGAAGAUGAGCAUUAAUAAGCAACUGAGGGAUUACGCGAAACAAAGCUGAAGCUUUUCUCUAAUUCAUCCUCUUAAAAUAUGUAACUUGUUUUCUGUGAGACGAUCAAAUCAGUCGUCGACAUCAAAAUGGUCAUGUGAUCUCUGAUGUUCUGGCUUGAAAACAUACAUGCUUAUUUUACACGUGCUGUGUACCAUUGAUGUACUUGUUUCAUCUGUAGCAACCUUGUCUGAGAGGCCAUUCUUUCUCUCACGAUUUAUGUAAAAUAUCAAAUUAUUGGCUUAA